AUGCCUGUACAAGCUCCACAAUGGACGGAUUUUCUCUCCUGCCCGAUUUGCACACAGACUUUCGACGAAACAAUCCGGAAGCCCAUCAGCUUGGGUUGUGGCCACACUGUCUGCAAGAUGUGCCUCAACAAGCUCCACCGUAAGGCAUGCCCUUUUGACCAGACCACUAUCAAUACAGACAUAGAGCUCCUACCUGUGAACUCAGCGUUGCUGCAACUAGUGGGUGCUCAGGUUCCUGAGCAGCAGCCAAUUACUUUAUGUAGUGGAGCUGAAGAUACCAAGCAUUAUGAAGAAGGCAAGAAAUGUGUGGAAGAAUUAGCGUUGUACCUCAAACCACUUAGCAGCGCGAGAGGUGUGGGUCUUAACAGUACUACGCAGAGCGUGCUAAGUCGUCCCAUGCAAAGGAAACUUGUGACAUUAGUUCACUGCCAGCUAGUGGAGGAAGAAGGGCGGAUCAGAGCCAUGCGUGCCGCACGGUCACUUGGUGAAAGAACAGUCACAGAGCUCAUUCUUCAGCAUCAAAAUCCUCAACAGCUCUCUUCCAACCUCUGGGCUGCGGUGAGAGCCAGAGGCUGCCAGUUCCUUGGACCGGCAAUGCAAGAGGAGGCUUUAAAGCUGGUGUUACUGGCUCUGGAAGAUGGAUCUGCUUUGUCACGAAAGGUCUUGGUUCUCUUUGUGGUUCAGAGACUGGAGCCGCGGUUUCCUCAGGCUUCCAAAACUAGCAUUGGACAUGUUGUCCAGCUUCUUUACAGAGCCUCGUGCUUCAAGGUGACAAAACGAGAUGAAGAUUCCUCCCUGAUGCAACUGAAGGAGGAAUUUCGGACUUACGAAGCUCUAAGAAGGGAACAUGAUUCUCAGAUAGUUCAAAUUGCUAUGGAAGCAGGUUUACGCAUUGCACCAGACCAGUGGUCCUCACUGUUAUACGGAGACCAGUCUCACAAAUCCCACAUGCAGUCUAUCAUUGACAAGUUGCAGACCCCAGCCUCGUUUGCACAGAGUGUUCAAGAAUUAACUAUUGCCCUUCAGAGGACUGGAGAUCCAGCUAACCUGAAUCGUCUUCGACCUCACCUAGAGCUCCUGGCAAAUAUUGAUCCUAGUCCAGAUGCUCCACCUCCGACAUGGGAACAACUGGAAAAUGGACUAGUUGCUGUGAGGACUGUGGUUCAUGGCUUAGUUGACUAUAUUCAGAAUCACAGCAAGAAAGGAACAGAUCAACAACAGCCUCCUCAGCACAGCAAGUACAAGACAUACAUGUGCAGAGACAUGAAGCAGAGAGGAGGAUGCCCCCGAGGGGCCAGCUGCACCUUUGCACAUUCACAGGAGGAGCUAGAAAAAUUCCGUAAAAUGAACAAACGUCUGGUUCCCAGAAGACCCCUGAGUGCCUCCCUGGGCCAACUAAAUGAGGUGGGCCUGCCUUCAGGAGCUAUCCUCUCGGAGGAAGGGGGAGUGGACUUGCCCAAUAGGAAAACUUCUGCUCUGCCAAAUGGAAUUGUGUCAACAGGCAGCACAGUGACGCAACUUAUUUCUCGAGGGACUGACUCCAGUUACGAAACUGCUCUGAAGCCAGGGAAGAUGGACCAUCUGAGUAGCAGUGCCCCUGGAUCCCCUCCUGACUUGCUGGAGCCUGUGCCCAAGAGCUCUAUUUCUGCCUUACCGGUGAACCCUCAUCCUGUGCCUGCUCGGGCACCGACGGAUCUGCCUUCAGUGUCUGUCACUAAGCAGUUGCAAAUGGUACCACGAGGGUCUCAGUUGUAUAACGCGCAGCAAGCAGAUAUGUUUUAUCAAGAUCCUAGAGGAGCUGCCCCACCAUUUGAGCCAGCACCCUACCAACAAGGAGUCUACUAUCCCACUCAGUCCAUGUCUCGCUUUGUCCGACCUCCUCCAUCAGCUCCAGAACCUGGUCCACCUUAUUUAGACCAUUACCCACCCUACCUUCAGGAUCGUGUGGUGAGCCCACAGUACACACAGCCGCAGCAGUACCCUCCUAUGGCACAACCCAUAUACCCACCACACUACGACAGCCGUCGUGUAUAUCCCCCUGUCCAGCCAUAUCAGCGAGAGGAGAUUGUCCGAGGAAGCCCUGUACCCAUUGAAAUUCCACAAGCAGCUGUACCUUCCUACGUACCUGAAUCCAGAGACAGAUACCAGCAAACAGAGGGUUAUUGCCCAGUGGCUCCACAUCUCAGUCAGAUCAGACCUUCGUGCCACAGGGAGCUUUGUAACGUAUUUCUGUCCUCAUUUCAGCCUCAUCCCAGCCUGGAUGAACUUCACCGGCGAAGGAAAGAGAUCAUGGCCCAGCUAGAAGAGAGGAAGGUGAUUUCUCCACCUCCUUUUGCACCAUCACCAACCUUGCCUCAUCCUUUUCAUUCAGAGGAGUACUUGGAUGAAGACCUGAAGGUAGCUGGGAAAUACAAAGGAAAUGACUAUAGCCAGUACUCUCCCUGGUCCUGUGACACCAUCGGCUCCUACAUUGGAACCAAAGAUGCAAAACCCAAAGAUGUUGUGGCAGCAAGGAGUGUGGAGAUGGCGAACGUAGAUAGUAAAACCAUGCGUGACCAGCGAUUAGACAUGCAGCGAAGAGCAGCAGAGACUGGUGAUGAUGACCUCAUUCCAUUUGGAGACCGACCAACUGUGUCGAGAUUUGGGGCGAUCUCUCGUACUUCCAAAGCGAUGUACCAGAAUUCGGGUCCCAUGCAGGCCAUGGCGGUUCAGGGAGCUACUACCAAAUCGAUCAUUUCAGACUACAAUCCUUAUGGAACUCACGGUGGCUGGGGAGGCUCUCCAUAUUCUCCUCAUCAAAAUAUACCUUCUCAGGGACGUUUCAAUGACAGGGAGAGACUGUCCAUGUCAGAUGUGGCUUGUCAUGGGAAACAAUUGCCCUCAGCGGAGCGAGAGCAGCAGCUGCGCAUGGAGCUGCAGCAAGUAGACCAUCAGAUUAGCCAGCAGACACAAAUGCGAGGCCUAGAGGCUGUUAGUAACAGGCUGCUGUUGCAGAGGGAGGCGACUACCCUGGCAGGCCAACCACAGCCCCCACCCCCACCUCCCAAGUGGCCUGGGAUGAUCUCAAGUGAACAGCUGAGCUUGGAGCUACACCAGGUGGAAAGGGAAAUUGGGAAGAGAACCCGUGAGCUGAGCAUGGAGAACCAGUCUUCACUGGAUAUAAAAAACAAACUGGGCACCACUAAACAGACAGAAAAUGGACAAUUAGAACCGCAAAGCAAGGUUCCAGCUGAGGACCUCGCACUGACAUUCAGUGAUGUUCCGAAUGGAUCAGCCUUGACACAAGAGAACAUUGGCCUCCUGUCAAACAAGACGGCAUCUCUCAGCCUGUCAGAGGACCCAGAGGGAGGAGGAGACAACCACGACUCCCAGAGAGCGGGAGUUACGCCCACGUCUGCUCCAUGAAGUGAGGCCAGCCUACCCCAGAGUUUCUUUUGCUGGGGUGUUGGUAGCUUCCAUCACGUUUUUUUCCAGGGGUGAUUGGAGAAACCCAGGAGCAACAGCAGUAGCAGAGCAGCAGGUCCAGAGGCAAUGUGCACAAACACAACUACUAGAAACAAAUCCUGCACAUAGUUCACAUUAACGCAUUUUUUAAUUAAAAAAAUGAAAAUUAGCAGUAUCUGCAAGCGAUUCAAAUUAAAUUUGUUUUUGUUCUGUGAAUGAACUUUAUUUUAAUAACUUUGGACGCCUUGGAUCCCAGGGCUUAAAAAAAAGAUAUUAUAUAUAUACUCUGUUUGAUUAAUUGUAUGAUCUUAAUGAAGUAGGUUUUU